ACAUAAUGGCUAGAUGGCAUAUAAUUUGUGAAAAUCAAGUGGGACAUUUCAAAAAACAAGAAAAAAGCUUAAGAACUUACUCAGCUGCCAAAAAACCAAAGUUACAUGUCAAUAUGGAACAAUUGUCCUUUCCAAAAAAAAACAGAGAAUUAAGAAACACUACUUCAAGUUUUGAAGAUUUCCAUAUUACUAUAUCUGAGGCAAAAUCGCACAAUAUCAAUGAACCUAAAGCUGAGCAAAAUUUGUCAAGUUAUACUGAUGACAAAAUAAGAUACCAUGAAGUUGUAAAGAAUUCUUCUUCUUUAAGUAAAAGAAAAAAAAAUAAGCAUAAGUUCAAUGUGGAAGAAUCAUUAGCUGAAUUCUUGAAAAACCAUAAUAAUAUGAAAAAAACGUUUGAAGAAGAAGAUGAUGACUUGGAAUUUUUAUACUCAAUACUUCCAACAGUAAGAUCGUUGACUUCAGAUCAGAAAUUUAGUUUUAGAAUUCAAACAAUGCAAUUCCUUUACAACAUUAUAAACUCAAAUUCUAUUAAUCGAUCAAUACAGAAAUCAUCUGUAACAUCAUCGAUCACAGCGUAUUACUCAGAAUUUUUUCCAAAUGAAAUUUCAAAUGACAAUAAUGUAUGA